CUUUAUGCUGCAGUGGAAGAGAAGGAAGAAGAAAAUUGAUAGAUAAUCUUGUUUGGAAUUCUGAGUACUGAUAGGAUUUAUAGUUUUCUUCUAUAAACAUCUGGCAGUGAGAGAGCAAUCAUGUUCUCCGGCCACCACCACCACCGCCACCGUCCACCACCGGAUGCCAUCAUUCCCCACCCCCCUCCCCACAAUCUUCCCUUGCAAGCAACAGCUCAUCUUCCACCUUCUUUUCCCUUCUUUCAUGUCUUUGCCGAGCUCUUCCUUCAUCUCCACCUGCAAUCUCCUCAAUCUCAGACUGCAAUCCAAAUGCUGCGUGGUGCUUAUCUCUCUCUGCUCCUCGCAUGGGGAGCCAUGUCCAUGACAGUCCAUUCCCAAGUGGAUAGCUGCAGCUCAAGCUUCCUUAGCUUCCUCCCUCUUCCCUUUAAUGCUUCCCAACUCAACUGUAGGCCGGUAUGGAGAAACUUCAUCCUCAGGUACUCUCAGAACAGAGACAACACUUUGAGCAUCAUCCUCUCUGCUGUAUAUACUUCUGGCUGGGUCGGGAUCGGAUUCUCAAGCGACGGAAUGAUGACCGGCGCAAGCGCGAUGGUCGGUUGGAUCGAUAUAGGAGGCAGAGCAAACAUCAGGCAAUUUUUUUUUUCUCUUUUUGGCAAAUGAUAAGUACUGAGUUCGGUCCUCGUUAUCAUCGGUUAAAGUUUUUACCGUCUAAUCUAGCUAACAUCUUCGACACCAGGCAGUUCUAUUUACGUGGCCAGACUAGUUCGGAAGUGAUGGUAGAUGAGGGUCAACUACUAGAAACCGGAGUGGCACCUGCAGUUAUUCUCUAUGGGAACAACAUCUACUUGGCCUUUCAGCUAAAUGUUUCAGCUCCUAUGGCUCAGCAGUUACUUCUAUUCGCCUUGUCAACUGCAACUCCAGUUGAGUUCUACCUUAUGGAACAUGACGACAAGGCUUCGGUUUCAUUCGACUUUUCGGUAGUUUACAUAGCAGGCACUGUAGCUGAACCUUCUUCCUACUCUAAUCAGCUGAAGAGGAAUCAUGGAGCACUGGGCAUACUUGGAUGGGGAGUGCUGCUACCUGUGGGAGCAGUUGUUGCGAGAUACUGUAGACUAUGGGAUCCAAUGUGGUAUUACCUUCAUGUCAUCAUUCAAUUUGUGGGGUUUCUUGCUGGGUUUGCCGGUGUUGUUGCUGGAAUUGCACUUCACCGUAGACUUCAUUCGGAUGUCACUUUACACAGAGGCCUUGGCAUCUUUAUCCUUGUGCUAGGGAUUCUUCAGGUAACUGCAUUUUUCCUAAGACCUGGAAAAGGCUCCAAGAUCCGGAAGCAUUGGAACUGGUACCAUCACUGGGUUGGGAGUUUGGUCAUCUUCCUUGCUGCAAUCAACAUUGCUCUUGGAAUUCAAGUUGGAGAAGCUGGUAACUCUUGGAAAAUAGGUUAUGGAAUCAUCCUAGCCAUCAUCUCGAUAGCUGUUGCUCUUCUGGAAUCGAUGCGGUGGUGGUCAAGAUUGUCUGAGAAAACAACUGAGCCACCGGCAUUUUGAUCAUUGAUGGCCUCCAAAUUGCAGAGGUGAAAGUGAGACUUGGAGGCUUGUGAUGGUGGUACUCCCAUGUCCGAGAAGAAGUGAGUGGAUUUGUGUACUGCAACUGCUUCAACUCAGUUUGACAUCCUGCAAUUCUUAUGGAAAGUUCUAUAUGUCUUGACAAAUCUUAGCUUCUGUAUCAAAGUUAGUAAGAUGGAACAUGAGGCUAAGAUGUUUAUGUUUCCCGUAUUCCCCUUCAGUGAAGAACAGCAAGGAUAAGAGUAUACUAAUCCUGCUACUAAUUAGCAAAAUGUUUUCUAGUUUUGAUUGAUCUGCAUGUGCCCUAUGUAAGCAAAACAGGUUCAUGUAAAACAAAUUCAUGAGCAUGCAGCAGAAUAGAUUUAUCUAUUUAGAGCA